AUGGACGGGGCAUCCGGGGCUGGGGGCAGCGGUGCAGGGAUAAUACUGAAGGGACCGGAAGGGUUCAAAGUUUGUUAUGCCUUACGCUUAGAAUUCAAUGCCUCCAAUAAUGUAGCAGAAUAUGAGGUCCUAAUAAAUGGGAUGCUGGUGGCAAUAGAGGUAGGGGCAACCGACCUCAAGGUAAAUAUCGACUCUCAACUAGUGAUUAACCAGAUAAUGGGGGUAUAUCAGGCUAGAGACCCUACUAUGCAGAAUUACCUGGCGAAGGUAAGGGCCAUAGAAGCCGAGCUCAAGAGCCGGGGGAUUAUGGUAAGAUACCAAAGAAUACCUCGGGAGAAAAAUGAAGAGGCAGACAUGCUAAGCCGAUUGACUAGGAAAGAGCUGGAGCAGCUCCCAGAUGAGGUGUACAUACAACACGUUAACAUUCCUGCUUUCGGUAAAGCAAAUGCCAUGAUGGAAGUCGAAGAAGGGCAGAACUGGAUGACCCCAUAUCUUGAAUAUUUGGAAAGAGGAAAGCUCCCUGAGGACAAAGCUGAGGCAAGGAAAAUUGCGGCCCGGGUAGCUAACUACCAAGUAGUGAGAGGAACUUUAUACCGAAGAGGGAAAUCCAGUCCGUGA